GAUAAAAUGGAAAUGUUAUGAUGAAAAAAAAAAGCCCUUGUACAUUUCUCCGGCAGGAGCUGCUGUUGUAUUCAUGUCAAGUAUCACUUUACACAAAGAGGUGUCAUCCAGCCUUUGUCUCUUCCAGCCAUGUAAUAUAACACCAUCCAGUCAAGUAUAUAAUGCCCUGUUCCAUGCUGUCAACCUGUAUCAUCUCGUAUUACAUGUGUCAACCCCAAAAAUAGAUUAGAAUAAUUAUGAGAUGGUGGGCCUUUGUCUAGACCAAGUUAAGACUUCUCAUCUUCGCUAUCAUCCUCAUUGUGUCAUUUCAAGGCAGAUCAUUUUGUAAUUAGUUAGGUACUUUGCAGAGUAAUAUUGUCUGUCUGAGGAGAAAUGAUGGUUUGGUGGUAUCUGAUGUCGGUUGUUUAUCUGAUCUUUACUUGUGAAAGGAUGUAUAGUAAAAAUAAACAUUUUAAUGUAUUGUUUUUAAAGAUUCUUCCAUUACAUGGGAUAAAGAAACAGCAAUCGUCUGUAUAACAGUAGAAGUAAGGCAGGUAAUUUCUGUUUUUUCUGGGGCUACAUUUUGACCUCACCAGGACAAUACUACAUUUACGAUCGACCCCAUGGGAAUUUUAGGUGCUCUUUUUUUCUAGUUUUCUGGGACUUUUGGGGGGGCAUUUUAGAGGUGAAUUCACCCAUGCUCUGUAUUGCCAUCCUGUGGUUCCUCCCUAUAUUGGACCAUGCAUUUAUAUAUCAGAGCAAAAUGCAUCUUAACAAUCAAUCAUAUUCUCUUCAGACCAGUGCCAUGGCAGCCAGCAAUCGCUCUUGGUUGUGAUCUACUAGGCUUUUCCUUGAUCCCUGUAAUACCUCUCAGUCUUGGGUGGCUAAAUGAGGUUCUAAAGUGUCCAGCAUAUUCCUCCGUUUAAAAAAAAAACCUUUGUCGGUUAGUAAUUAUUGUCCAGCAAUUUCAAAGGGUUGCUCUGAAUUUUUUUAAUGAAACUUGCAUGCCUUACAACAUAUUUAAUUAAUUCUAUUGACAAAAUUGGUUCAUUUCAAAUUGAAGAUUAAGAUUAAUCAGUAGUAUGUUUUGAAGGGUUCUGCAAUAAAAAACUGAAAAUUUUAUUGUCAGUCAUUAUCAAUUGUUUCCAUGAUUAUGGUACCGAAGUAUGACAUCGCAAAAGUUGUAAGUGCUAUUGAUUUUGUUCAUAAAUUUCUAAAAGUCGAAGAAUUAACACAAAUUCGAAUUAUUGUUCUACAUGUAGUUCAAAGCUUGUUUUUAUUUUGUUUCAUAUCCUCAUGGUUCCUGCAGAUUACUAUAAAUGUACGAGUACUAAAAGGCUCUAUUAUGCUUGCCGAUACCUUCAGUAUCUUUAAAUAUAUAUUUUAGAUUCUUCACUAUGCAUAUAUUUUUAAUAUGACUUCUCUUUUUUCAUCCCCUUUCCUCUAUCUACAGAGUAAAGUAACGUUCAUCCAAUACACAGCGUAAGAGGUGAAGAUGUUUUACAAGAUAAUUUUGAGUUGUGCUGCCCUCUUUGGUGCUGCUGUACAAGCAAAAACUGGCCCAAUCCUUGUAGAGCAGCCACAGGAGACCAUCUUCGAUACAGCAUCCAACCUGAACACGGUAUCCCUCAACUGUCGGGCCACCGGUGAUGAACCCAUCACGUACACGUGGACCAAGGACGGUGCCGCCCUCUCGCAGGCAGGAAACCAGAGGCUGAUCAUCACACCGGGACAGCUGACCAUCACCAACCCGGACAGAACCACGGACGGAGGGGAGUACGUGUGCCUGGCUGAGAAUCACGUGGGGAUCGUCAGAAGCUUGCCAGCUGAGCUCGUAUUUGCCUACGUUGAUCAGUUUCAACCAGACGCUUCACUAUCUACGACGCUAAAUGCCGGAGAGGGAGGCUGUAUAAGCUGUAACCCACCCCCACAUUAUCCAGGAAUCGUGACGGAUUGGUUUCGUUCCGCUGGCGGCUUGGUGAACUCCAACGAUCCCCGCCUUCGCGUCAUGGAUGAUGGCCGACUCUGCUUCUUCUAUGCGCUUGCAACUGACGCUGGGGAAUACUUUUGCCAAGUCAAGAGUAAUGUUAAAUCGGAGGGUGCUGUAGGAAUGAGGGUCAGUCCACGGGUGACAGUUAAUGUGAACGAAGGUGGUUCUCCAAGCACAUCCAUCAGGAUUGUAAAUGAAAAUGGACCGAAAGACGUAGCUACACUUGCUGGAAAAGACAUCAAGUUUGAAUGUUUCUUCUAUGGCUUUGAAUCAUCAGACGAAAUUCCUAGGGUUCGCUGGGUACGUACAAGCCCCCCUGGUGCCGACUUACCCCAGGGGAGGCACUUAAUAGAGGAAAACGGGGAGGUCUUAAAGAUUGAUGAUGUCCAACCGGAGGAUGCCGGGACAUACCGGUGCUACAUUGAUAGCCUUAAUAAUGGAGACCAAGCAGAACUCGACGUAGUCGAAGCACCAUCAUGGAUUGAUGAACCACUGGGUACCAUGAAAGAUAUCAAUACAAUGCAGGAAUGGGACGUAGACGCCGAGAGUGCUACCGGUUAUACCUGGUACCGCAAUGGUGCUCUGUUGGAUGCUCGGGACAGACACGAGUUCCGCAACAACUUCCAGACACUCAUAAUAAGCGAUCUUGUGACGACAGAUACGGCCAUGUAUCAGUGCUUUGCAGGCAACGAUCAUGGCAUGAUAUAUUCCGCUGCACAGCUGUAUGUAAGGGCCUUCCCACCCAAGUUCCUCAGCCCGAUGGUACACGACAAGCCCGCCCCUCUCUCUGCUACAGUCACCAUCGUAUGCAACGUGGAUGCGGCUCCUGCCCCAACGGUCACAUGGCAACGCAAUGGUCAAGCCAUUACGGACAGUGCACACUACAACUUGACCACUGACCCUCCCAACCUCGUCAUCGUAGAUGUCAACAAUGCUGAUGGUGGAACGUACCAGUGCAUUGCCACAAAUUCAAACGGAACGGUCAGUGGUGAGGGCAGUAUUUCGAUAAAAGAUAAAACGGUGAUCACAGUGAGUCCUGAGAAUACUUUAGUGGAAGUUGGUGAGUCUGCUACUCUGUUUUGUAAAGCAGUUCAUGAUCCCUACUUGGAACUCACCUACCUCUGGGAACAUAAUGGAGUAGAAAUUGACCACAGCGAUAUAGAGAGAUAUAGAAUGACUGGGAGGGACAAUGGCAACCUUGAGAUCGUCUCGGCUGAACUACGAGAUGGCGGGGAAUACACAUGCGUAGCUUUGACUGUUGCUGAUUCAGAUCGUUCCAGUGUUACGUUAAACAUUGCAGGACCGCCUGGACCCCCGUCUGGACUCUCCGUGGAGAUAGACAACAUGGCCGCCAACCUCCGCUGGGUGCCGGGCACGGACAACAAUAGCCCUAUCACGUCCUACACCAUUGAGGGACAGACGGACCAUAGCGACGAAUGGGUCGAAAUACGUACAGGUGAAAGCGAAGGCUCGACCUCGGUUCGUCUGACUGACUUGGAAGCCUACAGUCUGUACUCCUUCCGCGUCAUAGCUAUCAAUAGGAUCGGGGACGGUGAACCCAGUCAACAUGUACAAGCCACUGAAAGGACUGGGAAAGCAGCCCCUACUAAAUCACCAAUGAAUAUUGGAGGAGGUGGUGGCAAUAAAGGAGAUCUCAGAGUCACAUGGGAUCUGUUCCCGACGGCCGAUUGGAACUCUGACACGGUGUCCUACAGGGCGAACUGGCAGAAGGUCGAUAGUCAGGUGUCCUUGACGGGUGAAAUUGACGGAGCGGAUACUACCGUCUACGUAGCGACAGUAGGCAUUGAACUCUAUACGCUGUACAAAGUGAGGGUGAUGGCCACCAAUGAUAUCGGAGACGGACCCUACAGUGAUUGGGCAUUCGUCUAUUCCUAUCAGGAAGCACCCAAGACGGCGCCCACUGGAGUGACGGCAGAGAAGGCCUCCGGAUCCUCCAUUCUUGUUUCAUGGGAUGCCAUUGAUGAAAGUACAUUCCAGGGAGAACUCAUGGGCUAUAAGUUGAAGUACUGGAGCGAUGCGAGCAAUGAAGCCAAUGCUAACACAGCGGUCAGUAAGGGCGUUGGUACCUCAAACACGAUCGUCAAUCUUGAACCGGACACCCGCUACACGGUCAUGGUGGCAGCCUACAGCGGAGGUGGCAACGGACCUGAUAGCAACACUGCAUCGGAUACAACAUUUAAGAGCGCACCCUCUAUGCAACCAACUGGUGUUAUAGGAGUACUGUCAGAAACAGGAGUCGAUCUUAAGAUCAAUUGGAAUGGUAUUACGACAACAUCAUCUGAGGAACCACUCUUAGGAUACAAGGUUCGCUACAGGACGGAAGGCACAUUCGCUGAAGAUGCCGAGACCCUCGUCGUUCAAGGCACUGACGAGACAUCAGCUGAAAUCGGGGACUUAACCACCGAGAUGACCUAUUUGAUCACUGUCCUGGGAUACAGUGACGGGGGCAAUGGGGCGAGCAGUUCCCCGCCAUUAUCAAUUACAACAGGUAAACGAAAAACGGGGGAAUCAAGUGACGAUGGAGGAGGCAGAGCGUCAAGGACUGCGGGAGUCUUAUCGUUCUCUCUUGUCUGUGUGGCAACGCUCCUUCAUCCAAUAUUUCACCUCUUAUGAAAUGGUACAGACCAAAUACUGUAGUCUAUAUGUAGUACUUCAGCUCAUACCAUUGUAAAAUAGGGAUGUCUUGCCUCAUGAUAGAGUGAGGGUAUGGGGUUUGUGUAGAGUAUUGGACAUGAGUAUGUGUGACAGUUAAGGAGAUUGGUGCACUCUCUUUCUCUCUCUCCCUCUUCUCUUUCUAUUUUAGUAUACUAAUGAUAUUCCUUCAUAUCUCUCUUUGACAUUGUGACUUUUAUGCUGGAAAAGGAAUCGUUAAUGUCCACUUCUCAAAUAUUACUUUGACUGUCAUAUUCAUACAUUUUUUUUAAUGGUCACAAAUUAUGAUGUUUCAUUUAUCAGUAAGGUUCUUUGUGAUUAAACAAUCAAAUCUGUCAUCUCAUUCAUGUGUAAUAUUUGGUCAGUAUAGCCUUUAAAUGAGAGAACUGGCUGAAUCAUGAUAGAUAUUUGAAAUCCACAUUCGGUAUAAGAAAACAGAAGUUGAACUUUUUAUACUGAGGAAGACUUUGUGUCGGUUCCUCCCUGUUAAUUCAAAGUCAAAUGAAUCUACAUCCAAUCUUUCUGUCAGAAGUCGUGAAGUCGCUUCAUACAUGUACGAACUUUGUAAAAUGGAAAUAUGGAUCCUAAUCGAAUGAUUGGCUGCGAGACGGUCAUGUGACGUGCAUUAUUUCAUCUGUUGCACUGAGUAAGAAUGCAUGAGAAAAGUCAUAUUGCACGGGGAUAUGUGUUUCAGUGCAAAGAGAUGUUUCAUUGUGAUUGCUAAUCAAGCAGUAGGUACCGAAUGAAGCAGCGCGCAUAUGUGUUUUUCCUGUGCCUGUAUUCAAGGGACAUGAUCAGUACCUCUGCGCUGUUCGGUCGUAAGUCGAGACUAAUGUUUCAUUAGAUUUCACUCGAUUUCAUUAUUAAACGAUAAGGGAUCUUAAUAUGUCUUAUUUCAUAAAUCAAAUGACUUGUGUCUCUUUCUUGUGCAUCUCUUCAAAUAAGCGCUCACGAGGGCUUCAGAGUUGUCCAAAAGAUACUCUGCUGCACGCCGUAGCUUCUGACAGCUACCGAAGCUAUCACGUGCGCUAAUUUAAUCCAGUGCACUCGUAGCCGUGCGAUAUUAUGAACUAUCUACCACUUACAUAGAGAUGGUGUCGAGUGAUAGCUCAAUAUUUUUUUUUUAUAGCAACUUGAUAUGUUGUUUAAUAAACAGAUUGAUCAGACAUAAAAAAAAGACUUGCAUGUCAAACAGAUUUCUUGUUUCUCAAAGAAACCUCAGGCAUCGACCAGUUAUUUCCAAAUAUUGUUGAUAUAUUAUUGUACAGAACAGUUACGCAUGUCAUGACUGUGUAAUAUACAGUGACUGUACACAAGUGUGUAUAUGAGUGAGUGCAUGGGAAAAUUAUAUGUUUUGUAAUAUAUUCUGCAGGUUGUGUGCGGAUCAUAUCGUUGAUUUUUUUUUUUCUAUUUAUAUUACGCUCAAACUUUUGUUUUCCGCUGAAUCAUCUGUGUUAUGUCAAAGUCUUAUUUUUUAAAUACCUGAGUUUGGCAAUAUUGAUGUCGAUAUGCAAGCAAAGUUUAUUUUGCCAAUUACGUUUCCAUGUGAGUUGAUAUGUUUUGAGGAUAAAUUUAUAUUUGAGUCUUUUGUUGUUCUUUCAAGUAGUAUUCUUGUUAAACUUUGCAAAUUUUUUUCCCACCACUGUACAGACUAUCAGGUUGAUCAAUCUCUUGCUUUGCAUGACGAAAGUAUUCUACUUUUGAAAUUAAAGGGAUACUCCAGGCUGAAAAUAAUAUGAUUUGAACAGAGGUAAAAAAAAAUCAAACAAACAAAAUACUGAAAAUUUGACAAGUAAUAACAAAGCUGCGGCAUUUUAAAGAUUUGCAUUAUUCUGGUGAAACAGUUCUAGGCAUGUCUUCAUGAAUAUUCAAUAAGCAAACUGAUGAUGUCGUAUCCCCACUUGUUCUUUUGUAUUUGGUUAUCAUGUGAAAUCAGGUGUAUUCAAUUUUUUUUCUAGCAAGAACUAUAAAAAAAUUGACAACUGAUUUAGUGUGUUAGAUAUUCAUUGCCGUAACUUAUUUCAUUAUAAGUGAGAUGUAUCAUUCACACAUGUAUGACAAAAUGAUAAUUUUUCAAUUUCAUGUAAUAACAUGAGAAAAAGGAAAGUGGGGAUGUGACAUCAUCAGCCCACCUAAUGAAUAUUCAUGACGACGUGCUUAUAAGUGUUUUCACAAAAUAUUGCUGAACUUUAAAAUUCAAUAACGUUGUGAUUUGUUAUCAGAUUUGGAUGAAAUUUCCAGCAUUUUGCUCCGUGAAUUUUACUCUGUUUAUUUAGAUAUAAAUAUUUUUCAGCCCCGAGUAUCCCGUUAAUAGUGCUUCUGUAUUCCUGUUGCUGCGUUGAAAGUCAGUACUUUAUAGAUAGGUUCUUAAAGAGUACUAAACCUUAGGAUCUAUGUUGAAAUUUUGCUCUUAAGUAGGGUCUGUGUGCUUUGCUGAAUCUCACUACAUUUAGGAGUUUAAUAGUAAAAUGUAUCAUGUAGAAAUAGAUAACAACUUCUUGUUUUUCUCUUGAAUGAAGUUUAUCAUCCAUUUAAAUUUUAUUGUAUUCAUAUUACCUGUACAUUUUGAAAGCCUAAUAAAGGAAUCCUUUUAUUUUGUAUAUCUGACUUUUAACUGUAUGUUUUGAACCUUGGUGCGGGAUAAGCACCCAGAAGGAUGGCACUUUUUAAUCAUAGACCAUUUGUAAUAUAUCAUUGUAUAUUUCUUGGUGCCUCUGUUGAUGUGGUGUUUGCAAACAUGUCUUGUGUAUCAUUAUACAAUGUGAUGAUAUCUAUAGUAGUAGUGUUUAUAGCAGUGGUAGUAAAAGUUACAUAUCUGUACAGAUAAUUAAACAUAUUUAGGGAAGUGUGGAAGUUGAAACAGAUACAUUCACAACAUAGUUAGGUAAUGGUGUCUCUUCAAUUUUUUUCUCCAUCAGUACCCCCCCCCCUCCUUUCCCCAUCAUUUUCUUUUGUUUUCUUUCCCCUCUUUCUCUUGCUGUCCCUUCCCUCUUUCUUUAUCCCCUUAUCUCUCUCUCUCUCUCUACCCCCUGUGAAUAAAUGUCUGAAGUUAUCUGUGUACUUGUCAUGUUUGACUUUCUCUCUCCAGUAAUUCCCUUUUUUCGUCACAAUCAACUUUUUGCACCUGAACAUUGUGUUACCUCAUACACAGAAAUUAUUCAUAUUCUUUCCAGGUGCUACAAAAGAAAUUAUUGCCUCGUUAUUCAUCUUUCUACUAUCCAAACAGACACAAACUCUUUAAUCUUGUAUCUUAAAUGUCAGGAGAGUUGAAUUGCUUGAUACACGUGUGUAAUGCAAAAUAUUUUUUUAUAUCAACAUUUUGCUUUCUUCCUAGUUUAUUAAAUCUACAUGAUGCAAAUAUCUAAUUUGAUACCGGAUUUAAAAGAAAACAAUGUAAAAGUAAAGGACUUAAUAUUGAACUUUGAUCUUGACAAAUGUAAGGUCACAUGCUAGUGAAAUCCACAAUCAUGCUACAAAUGUCUCGUACCUCAUUUUCACAAUCUAAGAAUAAACAAAAUAAAUACUUAUGUCUUGAAGUACCACUAGAAUAACACCUAGUCUAAUAGUUGUAGGUAAUAUUGUGGUUUUUCGUCAACAUGUUCAUCAUUUUUUAAUCCAAUUCUUUUGGCUUUGACACCAUCUUAACUCGUGCUAUUUAAUGGAGUUAAUGGUUUAAGAUGAUACUGAAGUAACCAAAAAGACAAUGAGGAAUGUAGGAAUAUAGAGGGAGCCCUCUCAAUCUUAAUAUCAGAAGUUUACAUUCUAUAGCCUUAUGACCUCUUAGAUAUCAGUGUGUAUUCAUGGAAUCAUAAUAAAAAAUUGUAUUCUGGGUGUGAGGUAGGGUAUGUUCCUGGUUUUUUUUUUUUUUUUUUUUUUUUUGGUUAAUGCCGCCCAGGUCACAAUUUUGCCAAGAGUGUAUUUUUAUUUAGCUGCAACUAAUUUUUCCAAGACGUAUAUCAAACUGAAAUUUAUUUGCAUCGGAUAAAGUAUUCAUUUUUGUGAUGUCACAUUACUGCAAGUGUAAUUCUAUGUUACUAUUACUUAUUAUUCUUUUUGGUGAGAGGGUCAAUUAUUUGUGUAGGUUGUUCCUUGAUCAUGUGAUUAGUGAAGCACUUUACUUCAUUCUUUUUUAUGUUAAAUUGUCAUAGUUCAGAAAGUAAACCAAAGGUUUUGAGUCAUCAAAAUAUCAAUGCACGCAAAAGCCGAGUUCAUCGUGUUGGUGCAAGGACGCUCUUAGCACCACAUUUUCGUGCAUUGCAUGCACACAAAAACGCCUUUAGCAUCGCGCCAAAGUGCAUUGCAUAAGGCCGUUACUGCACUGAUGUGGUGCACAAAAAUGUUUUGCUAAGGGCAUUUUUGUACCGACACAACAAGUUGCAGUAUUGUCCCAUCAUUGGAUGUCCCAUGCUUCUCAAAUCUUACAACAUGAUAGUGUAGUAUGAGACUUUUCCGCUAUAUGUUUAUUAUAAAACUUCAAUCAUUAAUGUACAGGUAUUGCAAAUCAUGAAAUUUGAAAGACGCCCUGCGCUUUAUAUAAAUGCAUUGUAAUGUACAUUGCUUUAACAUGCCUUGUACAAUGUGCAUAUUACUCUGUACAUAUUUGUGUAGUUCUAUGGAAGUAGCAUGUUCUCUGCUACAAACAUGAUAUACGUUUCUACAAAUUUAGUUCAAGAAUACAUUGAAUAAACCAGCUUUGAGGCCAUUUGAAUGAAAAGUACAUUUUUCAAUGAUUAUCCUCAAUGUUAUAUUUUCAUAACAUGGUAUGUUCUUACUUCUCACAAUAUAUUUAUAUGUUCUUACUUCUUAUGAUAUAUUUAUCCUCUAAAAUGGAUAAGAUUUAUUAGUGGUAACAAAUAAAAUGCUAUGAUUUAAAAACCAUGUUUUGGGGUGGGGUUGUAUUAUACAAAAGCAGCAAAUUCGUAUUCUACUAUUUAUUAAACCCACACUCUUACUCUCCCAUAGAAUUUAGAUAAGCUUGGUGAUUGAAGGAAAAUAUAAUAUAUAUGAACUUGAGAGUUUGCACAUGAUAACAACAUUUGUAUUCUGCAUAGAAUAAUAAACAUUUUAAAAGCAAAUCAAGGGUUACUGUAGCCUGUAUUUAGCAUUGUUAAGACCAUUUUAACUUAUUGCAUCAUCGUUUUCAAUCCUUGUAUAUUCAACAACGUCAGUUUCUCAGUGUUUGUGUAUUUUCCAGUAUAAUUAUCAAUGUUGGAAAUGUAUUUUUCUCUCAGGUUUUCUAUCUCUUAAUGAGCUUUUAACCUUGUUUGUUAACGACCCAUGUUGUCUCUCUGCUUUGUUUAUUGUUGUUGGGAGAUGUGUAUAAAUAAAUGUUGAAUUCAGUGUUGUUUAGUACA